UGUAGCUCUCACAUGUUUUUGUGUACAUGUACCGGCUCCUGAAGUCUGUUGCCACAUUUCUCUGUGUUUUUGGAAAUACUAGAUUAUUACACCGAAAAAUAAUAACAUGAAAGUGGUCGCUUUGAUAAGUGGGGGCAAAGACAGCUGCUACAACAUGAUGCAGUGUGUUGCUGCUGGGCACCGGAUCGUAGCUUUGGCUAACCUGCGUCCUGCUCGCUCAGAUGAACUGGACAGUUACAUGUACCAGACCGUGGGCCACCAGGCUGUAGAGCUGUAUGCUGAAGCCAUGGAUCUGCCUUUAUACAGACGGACCAUCCAAGGCUCCAGUCUAGACACCAGCAAAAACUAUAGUGAGACAAAAGGGGAUGAAGUGGAAGACCUGUAUGAGCUGCUGCAGCUUGUCAAGGAAAAGCAGGCUGUCGAGGGAGUGUCAGUAGGGGCCAUUCUCUCUGAUUACCAGAGGGUCCGUGUGGAAAAUGUAUGUUUGCGGCUAGGUUUGCAGCCCCUGGCCUACCUGUGGCGCCGGGACCAAGAGUCCUUGCUCUCUGAGAUGAUAUCAUCUGACCUCCAUGCUAUCCUCAUCAAAGUCGCAGCCUGUGGCCUGGAUCCAGAGAAGCACUUAGGAAAACCUCUGGCUGACAUGGAGCCCUAUCUGAAACAGCUCUCACAGAAGUAUGGAGUCCAUAUAUGUGGAGAAGGAGGUGAAUAUGAAACUUUCACCCUUGACUGUCCUCUCUUCAAAAAGAAGAUUGUUAUUGAUGCAGCAGAGACGGUGAUCCACUCAGCAGAUGCCUUUGCUCCAGUUGGCUACUUGCGCUUCACAGAGAUGCACACCGAGAAUAAAGACAGUGAUGCGGUGGCGAGAGCUUUGCCCCAUGGUAGUUGUCCUUGCCAGAAUGCCAUUGACAAGAUGACUGAGGAGGUGGAAUAUGCUGAUCAAGCUGAAGACAACAAGCAAGAAUUUACAUCAAGUGGUGACCUUAGUUGUCAGCAGGGCCACGAUCUCCCUCCGUCCUGCUCACCUAGAAGCUCCACGGGCUAUCAGUGGCUCAGUGGCAUCAAUGGCCUACAGAGCCAAGUCCCUGGAGUCCAAGGCCAAACGUCCGCAGCUUUCACAGAGUUGCAAAGUCAGUUGGACAGCAGAGGUUGGACGAUGAAGGACAUUAUCCUAGUCCACCUGUAUGUAAGCAGUAUGGAAGACUUUGGUCCAGUCAACACUGUUUAUAAAAAACACUUUGGCAUAAACCCUCCCGCAAGGGUGUGUGUCCAGGCCACUUUGCCUGCCGGUCUGCUGCUGCAGAUGGACUGUCUACUCCAUGACUGGACUGAGCCCCCACAGGAAGGCUGCUUCCACCAGAGAGAGGCCAUGCAUGUCCAGAGCCUGUCCCACUGGGCCCCGGCCAACAUUGGGCCUUACAGCCAGAGCGUCAGGGUUAAUGAGUCGGUUUUCUGUGCGGGCCAAAUUGCUUUGGUCCCAUGCACCCUGCAGUUGGUGAAGGCAGGCACCAGGACGCAGGCCCGCGUGUCCUUCAGCCACGUGAAGAAGGUCCUGGAGGCUGUGAUCAGUGGCUUGACUGUGGCUCAUGUUCUCCAGGCUCACUGCUACGCCACAAAACACCAAGACAUCCCAGUCAUCAGAGCCGUCUGGCAGAGCAUGCUGAGGGAGGACGAGGAAGAGGAGGACUUGCUUUGGGAGCCCGAGAUGAAAUCUGCUCCAUUACUGGUCGUCGUCGUGCCUGCCUUGCCAAAGGGUGCAGAUGUUGAGCUUCAUGUCGCGGCAAUUCGGGACGAUCACACCAAAAGGACUUCCUGUCACACGGCCGCACAAGCGGCAUGCGGAUCCAUUGAGUGCUACACUGUGAUGUCCGCCGACAGGUGCAGUGCUUCCCUUUCUCUUUCCCUGACUGUAACUCGAGGUAACCUGGAGGUGGAGGACGAGGACGCGAAGGACGCAACGGAGGCGGUUGCCGUUACAUUCCAAAAGGCCCUGGCGAAGAUGGACGCCGGGCUGGUGCCACUGUGUUCACGGGUGUUUUACAAGUGUGGCCACUCGCUGGCACAGCAAAUUGUUGAAGGACUUGAAGAAAGUUUAAGGAGCUCUCUGGAAGAGUCCAGUCCAUCUGUGGCCCUGGUUCCAGUCCUGGACUUGCCUGAUUCGCAGAUCAUCCACCUGUCUUGCUGGCUCAGUUUAUAAAAAAAAAAAACACAGCCAGUUUCAACAACCACUCUCCAGUCCUCAACAGCACUGGAAUUCAGUGGGGCUUUUCUGGAGGAGCCAACACCUCGCGACUUUACAACGGGACAUCAGUGACUGUGGAAAAGGAAAGACGGUAUAACCGCUCAUUAAUGUUUGUCACCGCUGAUUGUUGAAAUGCAAAUGCUUUGUCUGUCUCCAAGUGGCUUCUAUCGUGCGUCGGGUGGAGGAUGUGUUUAUUCCACUUCACACCCCAGAACUUUGGCCAGUAAUCCACUGUGUCCUCCAGUGGAGUUGUAGACUGCAGCAGCUGUUAUUCUGCCUUGGAGAGGAGUCUUGUGGAACUGCUAUAACCUAAGCCUGCAUACCAGAAGACAAGAGGCCAUAGUCUACAAAAGGAGACAGUAGCAGUGUCUCAUUCCAUGAGGUGAUAAACUAUAUCCCCCUGAAUCCCACUGUUUCUGGUGGAAUCUCUCUUAGCACGCUAACUAACACCCCUCAUAAAGGCCCAGUGCCACCACUGACACCAUCUGUUCAGUUGUAAACUUAUAGAUUUACCGUGUGACUGGUUGUGUGCCUGUGUGAUGAGAAGGACUGUUUCUUACGCUCAUGGUCCAAGGGAUUCAAGACGUGUUAUUAUUGUGUAAUAGGCAAUCAGCACCAAGCACCUGAAAAGAUUAAGCCUCUUUAUGUUUUGUAUUGAUUCUAAGGCAACCUGGUUAAUAGGAGAGAGACGCUGCCACACACAGCCGCAGGGCAGGUGUGUGUGUGUGUGUGUGUGUGUGUGUCAAUGUGACGAUGUAUGAAGAAAAUAACACUAUUAACCAUUGCUCCUGGAACAUUUCUUUUCUCAAAGAUCAUGAACUAUAUUGAUGACUGAGUUGGAAAGCAUCUUCACUCUGGCAAUUCUCUUCAUCGUGCUUGUGAUGGCAGGAGGACAGAGUGGGCUAUUGAUCUUCACCCGCCAAUGUUGUUUUGAUUGUUGUUAUCAAAAAUUGAACAAUGGAGACAGCCAAUAGAGCCCUAAGAUGUUUAUUGUAGGUUGAAAAAACACAAACAAGCAAUUAUUUACGAGCGCAAACAAGCCGCUGCCCCAUAAAAUAUACAAGAGAGUGUGUUAAUGUUCACGUUUAGUUUGCACCAGAGGUAAUCAUAAAUUCCACAACAAUUAUUAGUUUGUAUUGCAGUUAUUACAAUAAAUGUGAAUUUGUGCAUUUUC